CACAAUAUUUUGUAAUUCUUCCUCAAAAUAGUAAAGUUCUAAUCUCAUCCGUAUGUGAAGUAGCAUAAUUGUCCCGGGUCCGACCACCGCCGUUGGGCAGAGAAAGAGAAAUUGUGCGUGUGCGCGUAGUUGGGUGUGUUUCGGUUGCUGAGCGGGGAUGGCGUCGUCGAAAGUAGGUGGCGGAGUGGUAGGGGUCGGAGAGAUGGAGAAGAUGAGCUUUGAACAGCUCAAAGCUCUGAAGGAACAGUCCGAUCUCGAACUCAAUGUCCUUCAAGACAGUCUUACCAACAUCCGCACCGCCACCUCUCGUCUCGACAUCGCUUCCAAUGCCAUUCGCGAUCUCUCCCUUCGUCCCCAAGGAAAGAAAAUGCUGGUGCCUCUUACGGCCUCGCUUUAUGUUCCCGGCACACUCGACGAUGCUGAUAAAGUUCUUGUCGAUGUUGGCACCGGAUACUUCAUUGAGAAAACAAUGGCGGAAGGCAGAGAUUACUGUGAGCGUAAAAUCAACUUGCUGAAAUCAAAUUAUGACCAACUUCUUGAGGUUGCAUCCAGGAAGAAAAGCAUAGCAGAUGAAGCUGGUGUACUCUUGCAGGCAAAGUUGAAGCAGAUGCCUUCCACAGCAUAGGGACUACAUCAUCUUUCUAAUCAGGUAUUUGUAAUAUUAUGGGGAUUUCCAAGACAUCUGUGAGAAAAUCAGUCCGUGAGCUGCAAAAAUGUACUUUUAUGUUUGGUAGUCAUUUUUUUUUAUCCCUCUCCUUUUUUUUUAAAUAUAUUUCUUACUAAUGGAAUGAUGUUAAUUCCAUUUAGACCAACAGAGAAGAAAAGCUCAAAAGUUUUGAUGUCAGAGUGGUGGGUUGCUUAUAUAAAAAUCUCUUUUUGAACA